AUGGCCACGUUUUAUGAUGAAGAUGAUGACGAUGCUGGAGAUUAUUCCUAUGGAUUGGACGACAGUAAUGAUGGCGAAGCGAGACCAACGGUAGUGCUAAUGGGCCAGAAGAGGAGUGGGAAGACCUCCAUACGAAAGGUAGUGUUCCAAAAAAUGUCACCAAACGAAACGCUUUUCGUUGAAAGUACUGCUCGUGUUACAAAAGAUGUGAUCGCUUCUUCAUUUAUAAAUUUUGAAACGUUGGAAUUUCCUGGUCAGAUGGACCCAUUCGACAGCUCACUCGACCCUGUGGCAACAUUCAAGCGAUGUGGAGCGUUGCUAUUCAUUGUUGAUGCUCAAGACGAAUAUGUGGACUCUCUGAAAAAAAUGUCGGAGAACUUCACACAAGCUUUUCGGAUCAACCCCAACAUAAAGUUUGAAGUAUUUAUACACAAGGCUGAUGGUUUAACAGAAGAAAGCCGCGUUGAUGCUCAAUAUGACAUCUACCAUCGGGUGAAAUGCGAACUUGCUGAGCAGGGAUUGGAAGAUUUUAAUGUGACAUUCCACUUGACGUCUAUUUACGACCACUCAAUAUUUGAAGCGUUUUCGAAAGUUGUACAGAACUUGGUUAAACGGCUUCCCACGCUUGAGAGGCUUCUCGACAUUUUCAACCAGGGAUCAAAUGUUGAGAAGUCAUUUUUAUUCGAUGUUGCUUCGAAAAUUUAUAUUGCAACGGACACGACGCCGGUGGAAAUGGCGGCCUAUGAGCUAUGUUGCGAUAUGAUUGACGUUACCAUUGACAUUUCUGGAAUUUAUGGCGCCAAGGAGAAAGACGGUGAAGUGGUAAGUCCGUUCGACGAUAACUCGUAUGCUGUUAUCCGACUCAAAACUGAUCAGGUGAUGUUUCUUCGGCAAUUGAAUAAGCAUCUGGCACUUGUCUGUGUUAUACGUGGCGAAAAUUUUGAGAAACAGGGAUUGAUCGAUUAUAACUUUAACUGUUUCAAAGAGGGUAUCGAGAAAGUAUUUAUGGUUCGGAAGCAGAUCCAAGAAGAGUCGAGACAUUCCUCGUAG